UAGAAAGGAGCCCUCAUCCUGGCACCACUACUUAUCAGCCUGGGCACCCAGGAGAGCCCGGAAAAGAGCAGAAGGCGGAGCCAGCUCCAACGUCUUCUCCAUGUUCGAUCAGUCCCAGAUCCAGGAGUUUAAAGAGGCUUUCACCAUCAUGGACCAGAACCGGGAUGGCUUCAUCGACAAGGAGGACCUGAGGGACACCUUUGCUGCCCUGGGCCGCAUCAACGUAAAGAACGAGGAGCUGGAGGCCAUGGUGAAGGAGGCCCCCGGGCCCAUCAACUUCACCGUCUUCCUGACCAUGUUUGGGGAGAAGCUGAAGGGUACGGACCCGGAGGAGACCAUUCUCCACGCCUUCAAUGUGUUCGACACUGAAGGGAAAGGUUUCGUCAAGGCUGAUUUCAUCAAAGAGAAGCUCAUGACGCAGGCAGACCGCUUCAGUGAGGACGAGAUCAAGCAGAUGUUUGCUGCCUUCCCGCCAGAUGUGUGUGGCAAUCUGGACUAUAGGAACCUGUGUUACGUCAUCACGCAUGGCGAAGAGAAGGACUAAAAGGGGACCGCCGACGGCCCCCCC